UGAGUUGUAGGAGUAAAAGAGAUCCAAUUUCAAAAUCUUCUCCAAAUACACUUCCUUCCUCUCUGUUGAUUCUUUCCUAUUCUCGUUUUUUGCCAAAACAAUGAAACGGCAUGAACCUGAGGCGGAUCUGUGCUUCAUCGGAGAACCAUUCUCAGCCGAAGAAGCUAUGAGGAAAUGGCCCUUUCGCUAUAGAUCCUCGAAGGCUAGAAAAUCUGUAACAGUGGAAAGUCCCAAGGCUGGUGACAAUAAGGAGGAGAAGCAGCAGGCCAAACAACAUUAUAACCGAGCUAUUGUUGAUGGAAAUCUCUUCAAUCUUGGUGAUAAUGUCUAUGUAAAGGCUGAAGAGGGAAAACCGAAUUAUAUCGCAAAAAUUCUUGAGUUUUUUGAAACAAUUGAUGGCAAACCGUUUUUCCGAGCUCGAUGGUUCUACAGACCAGAAGAUACGGUUAUCAAAGCCCAUGCACAUGAGCUGCAAGAUAAAAGAGUAUUUCUUUCGAACGUUGAGGAUGAUAAUCCUCUCAAUUGCAUCAUUUCUAGCUUGAAAAUUGUUCAAAUUCCACCAAAGAUCGUUUCAACAACGGAGGAGAGAAUAAUACCGGAGUGCGAUUUCUACUACGAUAUGGAUUACGACCUUGAACACUUGACAUUUUCAAGUGCAGCUGAUGAUUGUGAUGGAUCAUCAACAAUUUCAAGCGAAUCUGAUUCCAAUUCUAUUGAAAUUCCCCACAAGAAUGAAAAAUUCUUACUUGAUCUAUAUAGUGGAUGUGGAGCAAUGUCAACUGGGUUGUCUAUGGGCGCUUCCCUGUCAGGCAUAAAAUUGAUUACGAAAUGGGCAGUAGAUAUCAACGAAUUUGCUUGUGAUAGUUUGAGACUAAAUCAUCCUGAAACCGAGGUGAGAAAUGAAGCUGCGGAAGACUUUCUAAGAUUGCUCAAAGAAUGGAGAAAGCUAUGUAUAAAGUUUGCUCUUAUUUCCAGUACCGAGCCAAUAGAAUCAGAUGGUGAAGAGGAAGAAGAUGGCGACGAAAAUGAUGAUGCAGAUGAGGAUAGUGAUGGGUCUGAAAUUCCUCCUGAAGAGUUUGAGGUAGACGAAUUCCUUGAUAUUUGUUUUGGAGAUCCCAAUGGAUCAAAGGAGGCAUCUGCACUUCAUCUUAAGGUGCGUUGGAAAGGUUAUGGUCCUGAUGAAGAUACCUGGGAGCCUUAUGAUGGAUUAAAAAAAUGCAAAGACAAGUUAAAGGAGUUUGUGACAAACGGGUUUAACACUAACCGAUUGCCCUUUCCUGGUGGUGUUUAUUUUGUGUGUGGAGGUCCUCCAUGUCAAGGGGUUAGUGGCUUUAACCGCUUCAGAAAUAAAGAUGCACCGCUUGAAGAUGAGAAAAACAAGCAGUUGUUGGUUUAUAUGAACAUUAUCGACUAUCUGAAGCCAAAUUACGUGCUCAUGGAAAAUGUCGUCGAUCUUCUGAAGUUUUCGAAGGGGUUUUUAGCUCGUUAUGCUGUUGCUCGUCUGGUUGCAAUGAACUAUCAAGCGAGAUUAGGCAUGAUGACUGCGGGUUCUUAUGGUGUACCUCAAAUCAGAAAUAGAGUGUUCCUGUGGGGAGCUAAACCAAAUGAGAAACUGCCACCAUACCCUUUGCCUACUCAUGAGAUUAUCGGCAAAGGCUCUACCACUGUAGAAUUUGAGGAAAUACAAGUUGGACAUUGUCAAAAGAAUCUACUUCAGUUAGAAAAGGCUCUUACUCUUGCAGAUGCGAUAAGCGAUCUCCCACCAGCGACAAAUUGUGAGGAAAAAGAUAAAAGGAAUUAUGGGACAGUACCCCAAACAGACUUUCAGAAGUUCAUACGUCUUUCUAGAGCUGAGUCACUAAUUCCCUGUGAUGGUGGAGAGGCUUCACAGUCAAGAAUGUUGUAUGAUCACCAACCACUUCAACUAAAUGACGAUGAUUAUGAACGUGUUUGCCGAAUUGAAAAGAAGAAGGGUGCCAACUUCAGAGAUUUAGGUGGUGUUUUAGUUAAAGACAACAGAGUCAAAUUUGACCCUUCUGUAGAGCGACCAAAACUGAAAUCUGGAAAAUUUCUGGUUCCUGAUUAUGCAAUGACAUUCGUCAAUGGAAGAUCAAAAAAGCCAUUUGGUCGUUUGUGGUGGGAUGAGAUUGUUAAUACGGUUGUGACACGAGCUGAACCUCACAACCAGAAUAUAAUCCAUCCGUUGCAAGAUCGUGUGUUGACUGUCCGUGAGAACGCCAGAUUACAAGGAUUUCCUGAUUUUUAUAAGCUAUGCGGCCCAAUAAAGCAAAAAUACAUCCAGGUUGGGAAUGCGGUGGCUGUUCCUGUAGGGGUUGCGUUAGGAUAUGCAUUUGGGUUGGCAAGUCAAGGGCUGUCCGAUGAUAAGCCUGUAAUAAAGCUCCCCUUCAAGUAUCCUCAAUGUAUGCAGGGAAAUACUGAGGAGCAUUCUGCUUGAGAAAGUAAUAAGAAAAGGUCCGUCUUCUCAUGUUGCAAAAUGCAAGGAAGAAGAGGAAGAUCUUGUGAUUCUAAUAUGAUUCAUUUUUUUACUCACUUUGAACAACCAAAGUUUGUUGUUAUUGUGAAGUGUUGAGUUUCUAUGUGAGACCUAAC